AUGGAGCCCCUAAUCUUUGCCUUCCUUAUUGCGGUUUUUGUAGGGGUACAAGCUUGUCUGCGGACGGCAGCGCGAGAAGAAGAGGAGAAGUAUGAGAUCCAAGGUGGCCCCCGAAGAGGCCGCCUCAACAGAGAGCAGCUGCUGCCUAAGUUGUUUGAUGGAUGCUACUUCUAUUUUUUGGGAUCUUUCAGCCGUCACCAGAAGAGUGAUCUGGUGGAGCUGGUCAAAGCAGCAGGAGGACAAAUUCUGGUUAGGCAGCCAAAACCAGACAGCGAUGUGACGCAGACCAUCAACACAGUGGCCUACCACGCAGAACCUACUUCUGACCAGAGAUUUUGCACUCAGUAUGUCAUCUAUGACGUCUCUUCUAAAUUCAAGCCAGAGAAAAUUCGUCAGGGCAAAGUCUGGAUGGCCCCCUCCAGCUGGCUUAUAGACUGUGCGAUGUCAUUUCAGCUCCUGCCUGUAAACUGA